AUCACGUGAUAUUAAAGAAAAUGGCAGCGACCAUUUGAAAUAAGAAGCGUCCAUAGUCACUUGACAGUUAUUGGAUUUUGAGGGAUAUGUGAUUGAAUAUGAUUUUCUGCACUAUAUAGAGAAAACUGUUGUAAACAAUGGACAAUUUAUGGACGCCAGGGGCCAAGAAGCAAGCAAAGGUAAAAUCUACUGAGAAGCUCGAUGACCUGCUUGGAGAUUUGCUUGUCGAUGAUGCCCCUUCCAAGAAGAAAACGUCCUCUCAACCAAUUGGUGGUGUUAGGCCAGGAACAAAGAAACAAGGACAAACCUCCCCACCACCAGGGUCAAAAGAUGAGGAUUUUUACAGCAAUCUUGCAGCCACAGCAGAAGAUGAUUUGUCUGACAUAUCAGAAGCAGACGUGAACCAAAUAGCCAAAAGCUUGGCCGAUUUGGAAGAUAUGGAUGCUGACCUGUUUGGAGGGAAAUUUAAAAAGAAAGGAAGUGUUAAAGGAGGAAGUGAAAGAUCAAGUAAACCCAAUACGCCACGUCGCACCGGCACCCCCCGCUCCCGAAGCACAACCCCCAGGGCUUCCUCCCCACAGACUCGAGUCACCUCACCCACAGCCAGGGUCACCUCCCCUGUCGGUAGAGUUAACUCCCCCGCUGGGCGAGGGACGAAUUCACCCACACCGGAGACCUCCCUUACUCCCAGGGGUGGGAGCCUGAAAAAGACCUCGGCUAAGUCCGCUAUGGGGGCGUCAUCUAUCCCUGAAUAUAAACCUGGAACAGCACCUGGGAAAAUGACAGACAUUGGUAGUGCCUCUGAGUCCUUAAAGCCAGGAGCUGCCCCUAUCCAGGAGAGACCAGGAACUGUUCCCAAGACAAAGUCCAAGUAUAACUAUUCAGAUAUGGACAUGGAUGACUUGCUGGCUGGCUUCAGUGACGAGGAUGAGGAUUCUAUAAUGGGCGGCAAGGUCAAGAAAACUGCCCCCAAACAACAGAAGGAGGACACCACCGUGAAGAAACAGAGAUCUACUGAGGAUACACCGCAGAAACCAACAGAACCCGAUGAAUCCAAGAGGCGUAAUUUGUUUGAUAGACCACCGACCCGCAGUGGUGGAAAUACAGAGACAGAGGAACUUCCCAAAACAGCUCCAGCACCUCAAAUCAAAAGGAAGGAGGAGCCAGGCAUCUUCAGUGAUGACGAUGAUUUUUUGGGAGGACUUGGAAUUGAAGAGAAAGAGUCGCCUGUACAAAAGACGAAGUCAGUGGAUGAAGAGGACAGGCCAGCUCGGUCAGUGAUGGACAAGUUACUGGCCAAAGACUCAGCUGUCAGCAAACAUCUGGAGACAAAGAAAGAAAGAAGAGAGUUUGUCCUGGAUAAAAAGUACACACAACCUGAUAACGACGAGGAAGAGGAGGAUUUUCAAUUUGGUGGGUACCAGCCUUCAUUGGUGUCAACUAGUUCCCGUCCCACAUCACGCAGAUCUGUCAGAUUUCAAGAUGAGGAUGAUAUUUUUGGAUUUGACCGUCCUCCUUCCCGUGGAAGAUCCCCCGCAUCAUCUCUUAGCAAGAAACCAGACGACAUGGACUGGUUAAAUGACAUUGCCACAGCAGUGAAAUCAGCACCCUCAAUCUCAUCGACCCCACCCAAACAGGACAGCAAACCCACCCACCCACAAACAGACACCAAACCUACCAGUGCGAAAACAGAUAGUAAACCUCAGACUGACACCAAACCCACAGAAUCCAGGCCACCAGACAUGGAUCAAGAGCAGAAACCAGACAAUCUGGCCCCCAAACCGAAGAGUGGGGCAGCAGACUGGCUGGGACUGAAUGAUGCUGAUGAUGAGGAUGAAGAACCAGUAGUGUCAUGGAUGACAGCCAAGUCCAAGCAGAAAACUACACCACCAAACAGUGCAGGGGAGAAGAGAAAGGAAUGGUUGACAAGUCACAAAUCUGAAGAAACCAAACCAAAAACCGAGCAGAAGACAAUUCCCAAAACAGACCCUAAGGGGAGCCCUGCUGAUUGGUUAGGGCUGAGCAGUAGCAAGGAGGAGGACGAUAUUGAUCUGGGAAUGGGGAAAGAUCUUGACCCUAACAGUCUGCUCAAGACCAGACUGGAGUCUCCUGCAUUUGGAGGGAAAUCUCUGAGACCAAAUGACAGAGACUUGUUCAAAGCACCCCCAAAGAAUGCUGGACCUCCCUCUAUGCCACAGCAGAUCUUCAAGCCGCCAACCUCAGACACUGUAGAGAAAACUGUGAUGUCCCAGAGGUCUCAUGGUGGGGGAGGGAUGGAUGAAUUGAUGGGCCUCCCCCUCACUGGAGGUCAGACGGACAGGUUCGAUCCCCCAGCGGAGGAGAGGAGGACCGCCCCAACAGCUGAUCAGUUUAAUUUCAGUACGACGGAUCACAGACAAGUCAUGAUGGCCGCUCAUGCAGACGUACUGAAACAGCAACAACAACAGCAGGAGAAUCUGUUGGCACAGCAGGCACAGUUAGAGGAGAUGAUGAAGAAGCAGUAUGAACAGACUGUAAAGUUUCAGGUUCCACCAACUCCGGUCUUUUUACCAGAGGCCCGGACAUCAGUAAUGGCCAACCCACCCCGGUCACUAAUUGAUGCUCAAACAAGGCUAUACAAAAUGGAAAUAGAGAGAGACUAUGCAUACUCGAUUUUAGAGAUGAAUAAACGAAGAUUUGAGGAUGAAAGACAAACUAUAGAGAGUUCAUACAAGAGCAGGCUGGAACUGAUAGAAGAAACUCACAAGAACAAAGAAACUAGAUUGCGUGAGGAGAAUGAGCUAUUGAUGAAUCAAUAUUUAUCCAAAGUUCGGCAGUUAGAGAACGAUAAAUCUGAACAGUCCUCUCAGUAUCAGCGCCGCCUGGAGGACUUCCAGAGAGAUAAGGACCAGGACUUAGACAGACUCAAGUCUAUACACAGGAGAGCAGUGGAAGAUCAGAAGAGAGAAUAUGAGGAGGAUCUCGAGAGGUUGAAGAAGGCCAAGGAUCAACAGAUAGAGGCGGCCAUCACUUCUCACGAAACUACAAAGUCCUUAGUCCAGGCAGUGUCAAUGAUACAGAACAACGCCAAAGACCUGGGGGAGCUUCAUCAAAAGGUGGACAGCUGGCACAAUAUGGGGCUGGACGAACGGGAAAUUGCCAUCCGCUCAAAGGACGAGCAGCUCAGAAUUUUGCAGGAGCGACUGAACAGGCAGCAGGAAGAGAACGACAUGGAACGUAAACGUUUGGAGGACCUGAUUGGUCGACUGGAAACUCAGCUUCGUGAACAGACCAGGAUGUUAGAUGAGGAAAGAUGGAAGGUCAAGCAAGAGCAAACAAGAUUGCAAAGUAUGCAAACAUCUUUAGAGGAGGACAGAAGAUUGUGGACUGAACAACAGGCGAGAGAGAGAUCCAAUAUAGAGAAGACUAGGGAAACUCUGUUGGAGGAGCAGAAAUCUGUCCUGUCACAACUACACAAAGAGAGGCAGUCUGUAGCGGAGGAGAGAACCAAACUUAAUGUGGCUCUGACUGUACACAGGGAUGAAGCUGAGGACGCAGCUGUUAAACUGGCCCAGGCUAAGGCAGAGUUUGAGGCACUGAUGAAGGCAAUAUCAAAUGAGAAAAACAAACAGAACGUCCGUCGUCAGGAACAUCAGCGAGAAGAGGACCAGUUGGACAAUGAGAGGAGGAAGCUGGAAAUGGAACAGUCCAAGAUGUUGGAGAAAGAGGAAUACCUUGUCCAAACAGCCCAGACCCUUAAAGAGAAGUCCGAGGAGGUCGAUCAGUUGUUCGUCGAAUGUCAGUCCAAGAAGGAGGAGGGGAAUAAUGCUCUGCUCGAGGCCAAGAGGAUUGAGAGGGAGGAGUCUGAGAGAUCAGCCAAUCUACAACACCAGGUCCAGAUACUACGACUAAAGGAGAGAGAGAUUGCUGAUGACCGCCUUCGUCUCUCCAAAGAAAAGAAAGAAGUGGAGAACCUGAAGAGUGCCAUGCUCUGUCCUAAUUGUCGGACCCCGGGCGGAGCAGGGGUCAAGCCUCAGGUUGGGGAACAAAUUAUGGCACCCCAGUACAGCAGUGCACCAACAUACCAAGUGUACAGCAGCCCAGCAAUGCAACCCAGCAACCCAGCCAUGCAGCAAUCUCUCAACUCUGUGGGCUCCAUAACAGAGACCAUUAAGGCUGAUCGCUCAAUGCGAAUGUGGAAAAUGGAAGCUUUAAAGGAUCAGAAAUACCUGGAGGAACAAAGCAUGUUUUUGUACACACUGAAACACAUGCCGUACAGCGGCUCCAAAUCAUGACCAAAGCACCGCCCAUCAGCUCCAACAAAACCAGAUAUUGUCAUGGUGGGACAAGAUCAGGCGUCUCCAAGACAUCCCUAUAGCAGUUGUGCUUGAAGUGAAUCAUGGCAUCAAUAAUUGAAAUCUCUGUCAAUGGAAUUUUUACCAAGAGGACUGCUGUUUUCAGUGACUAUAACAUUUCUCAUUUUAUAACUAGUCUGUGAUAGUCAAUUUUACAUUUUACUGUACUUUUAUACAUUUGUAUGUAGGAAAUAGUCAUGUAGAGUUUGUCUAUGAAUAUUAUGUGGCAUGUUUUUGUUCACACAUUUUGCUGUA